AUGUGGCACCAAACAGUCCAUAACAGUCUCCUUCACUCACCUGUAGAGAGGACCUCCAAGAAAGGGGGCAGAAAGAACAGUACAACAGAGUUGGCUGAUCCAAGGGCGUUCAGAGGAACUCGUGAGGAAGUGACACCCCUUUUUUUGCCCAACAGCACACAAACAGAACUACGCUCAUCCGUGGACAACCUGAAAUUGCAUAGCAAUAGUACGGAGGAGUACCUUAGAGGCUCUCUUAGCACACAGGUCAUUCCCAGCCUCUACAUCACAAUCAUCGUUACGGGAAUCCCGCCCAACGUUGCCAUCUUAGUGUUUCUGGUCGCCAACCUACGCAUGACCUCAUACGCUAUUUUGUAUUGCAGCCUGGCUUUGUCAGACCUGUUUCUACUGGUUAGCCUGAUUUUUAAAACUCAUUACCACUUCAAUGGCAACAACUGGGUCUUUGGUGAAAUUUCUUGCCGUCUGACCACUGCUUGUUUCUAUGGCAACCUCUACUGUUCGAUGUUCACGCUUACAUGCAUUAGUGUCAAGCGCUACCUGGCUGUGGUUCAUCCAUUUCUCUACAAGCGCCUCCCAAAACAUGCAGGUUCGACAUGGGCCAGUCUUACUGUUUGGGUCAUCUUUGCCAUGACAAUGCUACCUGAGCUCCUUAUUGACCAGAGUUACAAAAUUUCGAACCUGGAUAUAACCACAUGCCAUGAUGUUUUGCCAGAUAGCCAGCAAUUUACCAAACUGUGGAUAUCCUACAACCUAGGCCUUACGUGCAUUGGCUUCUUGCUUCCCCUGCUGGUAACGGUUGGUUGUUACGCCUCUGUCAUCUGGCAUCUGAACCAAUCACAGCUUGACUGGAGUGCUUACAUCAAGGCCAGUGGGAUAGUCUUUGUCAUCUUUCUCGUGUGCUUCAUGCCAAGCAGUUGCCUCCACUUCCUGCACUAUAUGGGACUGUACACAACUGGACAGGAGAAUUUCUAUGCCUACUUUAAUCUGGCAGUUUGUUUGUGCUGUCUUCACAGUUCCCUGGACCCCUUCCUAUUCCUCCUCAUGCCUUCAUCUGUAAGUUCAAAGCUCUACAUUAUGGGUCACAAAGGAAAGAAUCUCAUUUUGUCUUUGUAA